AAAAAAGAGAGGACCAAACACGCCCUUAUCAGGGUCUAUCAAAGAAAGGAGGAAGAGUCUGUGAAGAGACAGACAAGUGCUUAGCUGAGACCUGAGGCUCUCUCUGGUUGUGGCUUUCGAGGCAUCAUCUAGGCACUCUUUUCGGUGAAUUUAGGUUAGAAGAUGAGUACUCUGGAUGCAACUCGAGCAGAACUCGGUCUUGUAAUUUUGUAUUUGAACAAAGCUGAAGCUAGGGACAAGAUAUGCAGGGCAAUACAAUAUGGUUCGAAAUUUUUGAGUGAUGGACAGCCUGGUACUGCCCAAAAUGUCGACAAAUCAACCAGCUUGGCACGGAAAGUUUUCCGUCUUUUUAAGUUUGUCAAUGACCUACACGCUCUUAUUAGUCCAGCUCCUCAAGGGACUCCUCUUCCACUUGUUUUGUUGGGAAAGUCCAAAAAUGCGUUAUUAUCCACUUUCUUGUUUCUUGAUCAAAUCGUGUGGCUUGGUAGGUCAGGCAUCUAUAAGAACAAAGAACGAGCUGAGCAAAUUGGCAGGAUAUCUCUUUUCUGUUGGAUGGGUUCAUCAAUUUGCGCAACCUUGGUUGAGCUUGGGGAACUUGGAAGGCUUUCUGCAUCAAUGAAGAAGUUAGAGAAGGAGCUUAAGGGUAGUGAUAAAUAUCAAAAUGAGCAGUACCGCAGUAAAGUCGAAAAAUCAAAUGCUCGGUCACUGGCCUUAGUUAAAGCAGUUAUGGAUACAGUGGUUGCUGUGGGGCUGCUUCAAUUGGCACCAAAGAAAGUUACUCCUCGUGUGACAGGGGGCUUCGGAUUUGUUAGCUCCCUCAUCUCUUGCUAUCAGCUGCUUCCCUCACCACCAAAAUCCAAGACAUCCUGAAGGAUUAAAGCCAAAUCUGCAGGAAGCAGGCUUCAUUGUCAUUAAAUAAUCAGUGCUCUGGUAGGUGUCAAUGGUUGGUGUCAAUUUCCGAAUUAGUUGGGACACAUUGGAAUUUAUCCUAAAUGUAUCACCUCUGUUAUCACAGUUGAUUAUUCUGCUUCCCCUCUCCAGUAGUAAUAAUAUACAAGCAAAAACUCCUUUGUUAUCAUAUUUCACUAUUAGCAGGUGUU